AGGAUCACCGCAGAUCUACAAACCAUGCGCUCAGCGACACGCACGUAGGCGGAGCGCCGGCGGGAGGCGGAGAUCUGCGAAUCCGCGCCGCCGCUUCCUCCUCCUCCUCCUCGGCUGCUCUGAAAACAAACCCACGUGUGGACCCGGAGAACCGGCGGCUCUCAACCAAAACACCGACACCUUCGUUUAACUACACCUCUCAUCGGUUGGCCAGGUGAACCGCACCCCCAGGAGAGGAGACGUCAUGAGCUUCGUGGAGUACUCCGAGACGGUCCAGGAGGGGGACGUGGCCAUCGUCUACCUGGGACACGAGUCCAUGAUGGCGGUCAAGGUGCAGAAGAACGGCCAGACCCAGACGCGCUACGGCGCCAUACGCCACUCCUCCGACCUGAUAGGCAAGCGCUACGGGUCAAAGGUCACGUGCAGCAAGGGCGGAUGGGUGCUGGUGCUGCACCCCACGCCGGAGCUGUGGACGGUGAACCUGCCCCACCGCACCCAGAUCCUCUACACCACCGACAUCGCCACCAUCACCAUGAUGCUGGAGCUCAAGCCCGGAGCGGUGGUCUGCGAGUCAGGAACAGGAAGUGGGUCUCUGUCCCACGCCAUCCUGCGCACCAUCGCGCCCACUGGCCACCUCCACACGGUGGAGUUCCACAAGCAGCGGGCGCUGGAGGUGGAGCAGGAGUUCCGGGAGCACCGCGUGGCCCACCUGGUCUCCGUGCGCAACCAGGACGUGUGCCUGGACGGCUUCGGCGUGGCGGGCGUGGCCGACGCCGUCUUCCUGGACAUCCCCAACCCCUGGGAGGCCGUGGGCCACGCCCACAGCGCCAUGAAGAGACACGGGGGCCGCCUGUGCUCGUUCUCCCCCUGCAUCGAGCAGGUGCAGCGGACGUGCGAGGCCCUGGCCGCGCGGGGCUUCCACGACCUCAGCACCCUGGAGGUGCUGCUGCGCGUGCACGACGUGCGCACCGUGGGCCUGCCGCUGCCGGACUUCGGCCCGGACCGCACCCCCGACCCCGCCCAGACCCCCGCCCCGCCGCCGGCCCCCCACGCCUCCCUCUCCAUCAAGACCACCACCCCCCCGCGGAGCAUGGCGGGCCACACGGGCUACCUCACCUUCGCCACCAAGCCCCGCACCUGACAGAGCCACGGGGUGCAUCGUGGGUAGCGGACCGCCGUAACGUUUUCCCCCCGGCGGGUCGUCGUCACGGGGACGAGGUCGAGCUCGGGACGGUCCGUCGUCACGGGGACGAGGUCGAGCUCGGGACGGUCCGUCGCCACGGGGACGAGGCCGAGCUCGGGACGGUCCGUCUCUGGCGACAUUUUGAACCGGGAGGAGCCGAUACCUUCCUGGUUUCCUCAGCUAAAAAUACAUCAAACGUUACCCAUGGUGCAUUGCCUUAAGAGCUUAAUGGUUUCCCAGAAACCACAAAGAUCGAAUGUCAAUGAUGGUCUUUGAGUGGUCGAGAUUGCUCAAAUCAAUUCUUCUGUUCAUGGGCCUUAACCAUCCGGCGGGCAUCUUGGCUCCAUCUUUGUUCUGAACGUGGCCACUAGGUGAAUAAGGGCUCACGUUAAUACCCUUUACCUAAACCUUGCCACAACGAACCCUUAACUCAACUUUACCACAAACAAAGCAGUACCUAAACUUCACCAAAGUGUGCUGCUGAGUUUCUGUUCCCUCUAAAUGUCCAGUCUGAGGAAGCUUCCCAGACGCCCUUAUUUUGAAGAGUAACGUCAGCAAGUGUUUACAAAGAAAAGCCCUUUUGAUUUACGUUGUUUUACACUUGAGGAGUAGAUUCCCCUCACUCUGCUGUGUUGCUUGAAUCAAGUCAGUUGUUUUAUUAUAAUAAGUUCAAGAAUCUUCUGGCUGAUACAUUUUGGUUUGCUUUUUAUAAUGUCUUAAGACUAGACUCAUUUUAUAAGAGGUUGAAGGGAUUUGUACAUUGGGGGAAAUGUAUUAAAGUGUGGAAAAAGUG